AUGAACCCAGCAGGGCUUAGGGAAGCCAGGUGCCGAAGCAUCAGCCAGAAAAGGUUUCCCUCAGGAGGCAGCAGGAAUUUCCAGGAAGGACUCUGCUGCUUCUGUGUCCCCUGCCGGCUGCCACUGCUGCUACUGCUGCUGGGACCCCUGGCCUGCAUUGGGGUGCAGUGUGCCGUUGGGGAAGCAGUGAGGCUCCCAGGGGAUGUGAUGCUUGGUGGCCUGUUCCCUGUGCAUGCUCGGGGAGCAGCGGGAGCUGCUUGUGGGCCAGUGAAGAAGGAGCAGGGUGUGCACCGUCUGGAGGCCAUGCUCUACGCCCUGGACCGCAUCAAUGAGGACCCAGGCCUGCUGCCUGGAGUGCGUCUAGGCGCUCGUCUGUUGGACACGUGCUCCCGGGACACACAUGCCUUGGAGCAGGCCCUCACCUUCGUUCAGGCACUACUUCGGCCUGCCUCUGGGGCCCGCUGCCCAGGGGGUGGCCAGCCCAUAGGGGCCCUGCCAGAGCAGCGUGUGGCAGCUGUCGUGGGCGCCUCGGCCAGCUCUGUUUCCAUCAUGGUGGCCAACGUGCUUCGACUCUUCGCUAUCCCUCAGAUCAGCUACGCAUCCACAGCCCCGGAGCUCAGCGACAAUGCCCGCUAUGACUUUUUCUCUCGGGUGGUGCCACCAGAUUCCUACCAAGCUCAAGCCAUGGUGGAUGUUGUGCGGGCUCUGGGCUGGAACUAUGUGUCCACUCUCGCUUCUGAGGGCAACUAUGGGGAGAGCGGGGUUGAGGCCUUUGUGCAGAUCUCCCGAGAAGCCGGAGGUGUCUGCAUUGCUCAGUCCAUCAAAAUCCCCCGAGAACCAAAGCCUGGAGAAUUUGAUAAGGUCAUCAAAAGGCUCAUGGAGACUCCCAAUGCCCGAGGAAUCAUCAUCUUUGCCAUUGAGGACGACAUCAAGCGGGUCCUGGAAGCUGCACAACAGGCCAACCUGACAGGUCACUUCCUGUGGGUUGGCUCAGACAGUUGGGGGGCCAAGACCUCUCCCAUUCUGAACGUUGAGGAUGUGGCAGUGGGUGCCAUCACCAUUCUUCCCAAACGGGCUUCCAUUGAUGGGUUUGACCAGUAUUUCACCACCCGCUCCUUAGAGAACAACCGGAGGAACAUCUGGUUUGCUGAAUUCUGGGAAGACAAUUUUAACUGCAAGCUGACAACAGGCUUUGGUGUCCAAUCUGAUGAUGCUGCCACCCGAAAGUGCACAGGUGAAGAGAGGAUUGGCCGAGACUCGGCCUACAAGCAGGAGGGCAAGGUGCAGUUUGUGAUCGACGCUGUCUACGCCAUCGCCCAUGCCCUCCACAGCAUGCAUCAGGCUCUGUGUCCAGGCUACACUGGCCUUUGUCCCGCCAUGAGUCCCACUGAUGGGCGAACGCUCCUGCACUACAUCCGAGCGGUUCACUUCAAUGGCAGUGCAGGGACCCCUGUGAUGUUCAAUGAGAAUGGUGACGCUCCUGGACGCUAUGACAUCUUCCAGUACCAAGUGACAAACGGCAGCGGAGGCUACCGUGCCGUGGGCCAGUGGACUGAAUCCUUGAAGCUCAAUGUAGAAGAAUUGGAAUGGUCAGGCAGUCCCUUGCUGCCCCCGACUUCCCUGUGCAGCCUCCCAUGUGGGCCUGGGGAGCGAAAGAAGAUGGUGAAAGGCGUCCCCUGCUGUUGGCAUUGUGAACCUUGUGAUGGCUACCGCUACCAGGUGGAUGACUUUACCUGUGAGGCCUGCCCACUAGGAGCCAGGCCCACAUUGAAUCACACCGGCUGCCGGCCCACACCUGUCAUCCGCCUCGACUGGGCCUCUCCCUGGGCCAUCUUGCCCCUCCUGCUGGCUGUGGCAGGCAUUGUAGCCACUGCCACUGUACUGGUCACCUUUAUAAGGCACCACAAUACCCCCAUUGUCCGGGCCUCGGGCCGUGAGCUCAGCUACAUCCUCCUCACGGGCAUCUUCCUUAUCUAUGUCAUCACCUUCCUCAUGGUGGCUGAGCCAGGCACUACCAUCUGCGCUGCCCGACGCCUCCUUCUUGGGCUAGGCACUGCCUUGAGCUACUCUGCCCUGCUCACCAAGACUAACCGCAUCUACCGCAUCUUUGAGCGAGGCAAGAGGUCCGUCACCCCACCACCCUUCAUCAGCCCCACCUCCCAGCUCGUCAUCACCUUCAGCCUGACUUCCGUACAGGUCAUAGGUGUAGUAGCCUGGUUGGGUUUCCAGCCACCGCACAGUGUCAUCGACUAUGAAGAACAGCGGACACCAGACCCAGAACAAGCUCGGGGUGUCCUCAAGUGUGAUAUGUCAGAUCUCUCUCUGAUUGGCUGCCUUGGCUAUAGCCUGGUACUCAUGGUAACCUGCACUGUCUACGCAGUCAAAGCUCGUGGGGUUCCAGAGACGUUCAAUGAGGCGAAGCCCAUUGGCUUCACCAUGUACACCACCUGUAUCGUGUGGCUUGCUUUCGUACCCAUCUUCUUUGGUACAGCCCAGUCUGCUGAGAAGAUAUACAUCCAGACCACAACACUGACUGUGUCCAUGAGCCUCAGUGCCUCGGUCUCCCUGGGGAUGCUCUAUGUGCCCAAGGUGUAUGUCAUCAUCUUCCGUCCUGAGCAGAAUGUUCAAAAGCGCAAGCGGAGCUUCAAGGCAACUUCUACUCUGGUAGCCCCCAGUGAGGAGGGCAGUACUACAAAGUAGCUGGAGGA